UGGGGGUUGUUGCAGAGACAGCAUUGAGCAGGGGGAUCUGAAAGCAGAGGCAACCUGGACUUGUCGGACAGCUGAAGGAAGACUCCAUUUCUGCUUUCUUUUCCUUGAUUUUUUUUUUCUUUUUUUACCCCCCUCCCCUUUCAACUCUGCUUUUCCACAGAGGGGGACAACUACAGGAGGCAGUGGUGUGGCACCAUUUGAAGCCAAAAGCAGCCCCACCAGAGGAGACAACACUUCUCUGAACUUUCCUCAUGCUUGGAGAAAGAGUGUGGAAGUAAUCUGCCAGGCGAGGCCCCAUUAGGCUGCUUUUCACGGGAGUCGACACUCGAGCUGCCAUUUGAAGACCCCUCCUGACCUGGAAUCGAAAAAAAAAAACCGAAUUUCCAAAAAAGAACCUUCAUUCUUUUUUUUUUUUUCUUUUUUUUUUUGCACAUCCAGGACAUAACAAACUUCUCAGGGCUUACAGGUUCAAAUCAUUUUGAUUGGCCAACUUUAAAGAUUCACUCAUACCACUAUUGACAAACUUUGUUACGGGACUGUUUUUGUGAAAAAUUGGCAAAUUUUUUUUUACACUCGUCUCGGAUUUCAUUUUACUCUUUUAACUAGGACUGGACAAAAUCUGCCCUGAUUUUUAGAAGCUGCAUUGACCAAAUACAGGAUAAAGUUUAUCUGCCGCUUAUAUUUUACGGGACAGGGAAAUUUUUCUCCGCAACUGCAAGAAGGAAAAAUUGACAGAUUUGUGUCCCUUUCGUUUCUUUUCUGUUGGGGCUGCUCACUGUUACUCUGAUAUCAUCUUGUGAAGAUUAGCGAAGAAAAGUCAAAAUUUUUUUGUGUGAAAUUUUCGAAUGCACGUCAGAUUUCUUUUACGGAAGGGAAAUUAUUGAACUGUUCGAUAUAAACAAUUUUAACACACGGGAUUAUUGCUGUGCCAACUGCUAAUGGUCAGGCGACGUUACACUCUGAAGGACGUUCUAAAUCUGGGAUCUUCUUUGACCUCAUUCAGCUCUCCUUUGACCCCACCUCAGCCCUGUUCUUUUCAGAUCUGAGCGGCGAGAAGUUGUGAAAGUCACAUUGGCUGACUGAUUGUUUCUCCUCCACUUUGGGUGCAGAGAACAGGUCAAACUUGUUUGCUCAGCUCGGAGGUGCAGAAAGGGGGAGAAAAAUCGGCUUCAUUUGUUUCUUUAGUCGGGUUGCUUUUUGUUUUCCUUGCUUCUUCAAAAAGGAGAAGGCGACACCUUGGCCUCACUGGCCUUUCUGACGGUGACAACAAAUCCCCUCGGCUUUAGCGGUGCGGUGCAGGAGAAGGGGGGGAUUGAGAGAGAGAGAGAGAGAGAGAGAGGCCGGGCUGUUCGCCUCAGGAAGACCUGGCUGUAAUUCAUUGUUUCCUGUGGAAGACGGAUCAGAUCCGCUUCUUCACACUGGCACCCUGCCUCAACCAAAGUCCAAGGGCCGCGUGUUGGGGGGCUGCUCGGCGACGUCAGGGAUCUACGGGUCAGCGGGCCCUUUCUGUUCCUUCUAAGAAUUUGCUGAAAACGUUGGAGAGCCGUGCUGGAUCUCUAGGACUGCACUUCAAUUCCUCAGGGGAGAGAGAUGGCCAUGGUGAGCGGCGGAUGGGGUGACCCAAACGGAGACACAAACGGCCUGGGAGAUAAGGGGUACCUGCGCGAGGAUGACGAUGGGUCCCCUCAGGCCGGUGGCAGCGACGUGGAGCCCGGCGAGGAUGACAAGGGCUGUGUGGUGGACUGCGUGGUGUGCGGGGACAAGUCGAGCGGGAAACAUUAUGGAGUCUUCACCUGUGAGGGCUGCAAGAGCUUCUUCAAGAGGAGCAUCCGACGCAACCUCAACUAUACCUGCAGGUCCAACCGGGACUGCCAGAUUGACCAGCACCAUCGUAAUCAAUGCCAGUACUGCCGACUGAAAAAGUGUUUCCGAGUUGGGAUGCGCAAAGAAGCAGUACAACGAGGUCGUAUCCCGCCUUCACACUCGGGAAUUAGCCCCACCUCUACGCCAGGUGGUGGGGGCGGUGGUGGCGGAGGGGAGUACUUCAACGGGCAGCCUGUGUCGGAGCUCAUAUCCCAGCUGCUGAGGGCCGAGCCUUACCCAAGCAGCCGCUUCGGCUCCCAGUACAGCCAGCAGCACCAGCAAGGCAGCAGCGUGAUGGGCAUUGACAACAUCUGCGAACUGGCAGCACGCUUGCUCUUCAGCACCAUCGAGUGGGCACGCAACAUCCCCUACUUCCCCGAACUGCCAGUGUCGGAGCAGGUGGCACUGCUACGGCUGAGCUGGAGCGAGCUCUUUAUCCUCAACGCCGCGCAGUCCGCCCUGCCGCUGCACAUGGCGCCCCUGCUGGCUGCCGCUGGCUUCCAUGCCUCCCCGAUGUCAGCGGAGAGGGUGGUGUCCUUCAUGGAUCAGGUCCGCGUCUUUCAGGACCAAGUGGAGAAGCUCAUCCGGCUGCAGGUGGACUCAGCAGAAUACAGCUGCCUGAAGGCCAUCGCUCUGUUCUCGCCAGAUGCCUGCGGCCUGACCGACCCUGCCCACGUGGAAAGCCUACAGGAGAAAGCUCAGGUGGCCCUCACCGAAUAUGUCCGCUCACAGUACCCCGGGCAGCCCCAGCGUUUCGGACGACUCUUGCUGCGGCUGCCCGCUCUCAGGGCCGUACCCGCCUCCCUCAUUUCUCAGCUUUUUUUCAUGAGGCUGGUCGGGAAGACCCCCAUCGAGACUCUGAUUCGAGACAUGCAGCUCUCGGGAAGCUCCAUCAGCUGGCCAUACGUCUCGGGGCAGUAAUGUGUGUGACGGCCUCUGAAAACUGCCAUGAAAUAUUAAAAAACAAACAAACAAACAAACCAACAAAUCAAUGGACAGCAAUGGAAUUAUAUACCUCCACUUUAUUUUUGUUCUGGUACUUGAUGCCUAAUGUCUGCUGCAGUUUAGUAAAAGAGUAAGAAUUAUAUUAGAUUAUAUCGUUCAUAUUUGUAGCAGGUGCAGAAUGUAAUUGUGCGACUAACUUUGCAAUUACAUAGUGUAUUAAAAAAGUAUAAAGGCUA